AUGGAUAGGCCGAAGCGUGCCAAACAAGGGAAGCCGGCGGAGAAGUAUGGUUUGUGGGUGGAAACAGCCAGUAGUGUUUCGGAGAUCACCGCGACCAGUCGCCGGUCCGCUGGGAGUGCUCAGGCACAAGCUGAAGUGGACAAGCUGAAGGCUGAGCUUCAGGCAGCGGAGGAUGUGGCUCAGUUGGAGCGAGACGCAGAGGCGAAGGAACUUGCCCGGCAGAGAGAGCUUGUGGAUAAGCGUCUGGCUGUGGAGAAGGCUGAAGCCGUGUUGGUGGAGAUCACGGCAUCGUCUCAGCCCAGGAGCCGUGGCAGUAGUGUAGUGGGUUCCAAAGCGAACAGUGUGACGGGAGCGACCAAUGUUGCCGCAGAACACCCAAAGCGAAAGGUGCUGACGGUGGAGGCUCUUGCUGCCUUGGAGAAGCGCAAUCCGCCUGUUCGGAAGUUUGCAACCCUAAGCGAGUGCAUGGACGAGUUGGACAUUGAGCAGCGCAGCUACAGGAGUCUGGGAAGGAAGCCCUUGAAUCCAAUGCGACCGAUCCGACCGCUUCAAUCGAGUCCAGUGGAAGUCGUAGCCUUGGACCAGAACUCUGACGACUCUGACGACUAUGAGUAUGAUGAGCAGAGUAGCGCAGGUGAGCUGAGCCAUGACGGCAGUUCAGCAGUUUCAACUGCGGUCCAGCUCGCAGGCACAGGAGUGGGCACAGUUGCCAGCUCACCCAUUCAUCCUGCCAGUGGAGGUGCGAACAGACUUCCCCCAAGACUGACACCUAUCCACACUGUAGCAAGUGGUGUGCAUCCAAGCAUAGCAAAUGCAGCAUCCAGUAUGAGACCUCAGCCUGUUGUCACAGGUCCUGUGAGCAGUGCUCUAUGGAAAGCUCCAGUGGCAGUGCCCACUCAGCAAAAGCAACCAGUCUUGACUGCUGGACCUAUCACAGUCCAGUCAAGUCUUGCUGCAGUUCCUGCUGCUGUUCAGCAGCCCAAGCAGCCUACAGCUUCGAAGCCCAGGGUGCCUGCGGCAGGUCAGACACUGUUGGCUAGUGCUCCAGCAUUCCAGCCAAUGGGAACGCGGAGCAAGGUUCGUCUAGCACCACCUCCACCAGAGUAUCUUGGUGCACCACCUGCUGAAGGCCAGUCUACACACCACGGCCCGGAGGUGCAUUCAGCACAGUCGUACGCGAUUCCGUAUGUGGAGGCACCAGCAAUCAGAAGCCCUUGGUCUCGCCACCACCUAAAGCCACUGGAACUGCCAAAGUUCAGUGGGAAGGACAAGGACUUCGGCCGAUGGAGGCAGCGUUUCAAACAGCUCGUGGAAGAGGACACGUACAUGUCGGACGACCACAAGUUUGCCCGUCUGCGGGAAGCCUUGGCAGGCGGCGAAGCGGAAGAUCUCGUUGCCGACAUCGUCCACGGCCCAGGCGCUUACAAGUCCGCACUGCAAGAGCUUGACGCAUGGUACGGGGGCCCAGUCCGAGAUAUCGUGCGCUAUGAGAGAGAGCUUCUAGCCGUUCCCCGCAUUGUCAGUGAGCGGGACCUAGAUCAGCUGAAGUCGUUCGCGCUCAGGCUGCGGAACACCCUCAUCAACUUGAACACCGCUGGACUUACACCAGGCAGAGAACUCUACCUCAGUGUAACCCAGAAGGUGCCAAAGCCUGUCCUGAUCCGCUUUUUGGAGCGACACGAUGACUCGCUAUGCGACAUUCAUGGGUUCGCAGACUUCCUGUUAAAGCGUGUCAUGUGCCUCAAGCAGGUAGAAGAGCGUGCUGCCAAUCCCGAGCCUUCCCAGUGGUGCACCGAGAAGCGCCAACAAGGCCCAGGAAAGCCAUUCCACAAGCGUACUGAGCGCACACUUGUUGCCACCGAGUCGUCGACCGUCAGCUGCGUGUCCUGCCGCGGAGGGCAUCAGCUGGCAUCUUGCCCACAAUUCAAGCAGCUCUCCCUGCACGAACGGUGGGAGUUUGUGAAGCCGUUGACCAUUUGCAUCUGCUGUUUCAAGCCUGGCCACAAAGGCAAAGACUGCCGACAACCGAGGUGCCGGUUCUGUAACAAGCCGCACCAUGAGCUUCUCCACUACCAGAAGUCAAUCGCCAAGCAACCAGUGCAGUCUGCAAAAAGAGCGCCAGGUGCCAACACAGCCCAAGGCAGAGUUGAGAAGGCGCAGAGUGCCUGCAGCGUGACCGCCACGAGUUCUUCGUCACGUGACCAGACCACUGCAUUCAUGACAGUGGCAGCCACCGUCAACGGGCCAAACGGGCCAUCCCAGGCAACGGUGUUCCUCGACAGCGGAUCGUCGUGCAGCUUCAUCAGCGCAGACCUCGUUGAACGUCUGGCGCUGCCUGUGAAGUUCGGAUCCCUCGAGACUUCUGUCCUCGGCGGCGAGAAGCUGUGCCCUAUCAACCAAUACGCAACGGUUGAGCUGAGUCAUUCUGAUGGAUCAGGAACCAGUGAGUUCUCGGCUUGGGUCUUGCCGAAGAUCAUGAACCCCAUCACUACCAUCAACUGGACAGAGCAACAAGGAUGUUGGCCGCACCUCACUGACGUGCCACUCCCCAAAGUACCCGAAGCAGCUCCCGUAGGCCUGCUGGUCGGCCUCAAUGCGCCCUGGCUCCACACGUCUCUGGAAGAGAGGUUUGUCAACGAGGGAGGUCCCAUUGCAAGGAAGACACUCCUUGGCUGGGUAGUGUUUGGUUCUGUGUCUGCCCACACCGCCGGCGAGUUUGACGACCGUUCGCUAGUGGCAACCUCUGAUGAUCCGCUCACAGACGUUGUCAGCAAGUUCUGGCGAUUGGAGAGUGUCGGCAUGGAGACCACCAGCUCCGACUACCUAACCCCUGACGAGCGUGCAGCAGACGACAUGACGAAGCGGAGCCUUCACCACAAUGGCACCAGAUUCGUCGUCGGGAUCCCGUGGCGGAGUGGUGCAGAUCAGCCGGAGUUACGUCAAGACUCGCGGCAGUGCGCUGAUCAACGGCUCAAGUCCCUACAUCGCAUCCUUGAGCGGAAACCCGAGGUUCGUCUGCAGUACGCUGAGGUGCUCAAGAAGUACCUGGAGCGUGGGUACAUUCGAUCAGUCCUGCCCACAGAGGUGGAAGAUGCCGGAACCGACCAAUGGUUUCUCCCGCAUUUCCCCGUCAUCCGCAACGACAAGUCAACGACAAAGGUCCGAAUCGUAUUCGACGGUUCUGCGAAGGUCAUGGGUGACAGCAUCAACGACCGCAUGCACGCUGGACAAAAGCUGCAGAGUGACCUGGUCAAGGUCCUGCUGCGCUUCUGCCAUCACCCUAUCGCCCUCACUGCCGACAUCUCGGAGAUGUUUCUCCAAGUUGAGCUCCGUGACAAUGACCGGAAGUACCACCGGUUCGUCUGGAGUGAGUCUCCUCACCACCCACUCGUAUUCUUCGAGUUCUGCCGCGUUGUCUUCGGCAUGAGAGCGUCCCCGUACUUGGCAGGCCGAGCGCUACAAGCAACGGCGGAGACCUUUGCAGAUACUGCCGGUCCCGAGGCGAUCAACGCCGUUCGAGACAACUUCUACGUUGACGACCUGUUGAUGUCGACAGCUACUGAAGCAUCAGCUAUAGUUGCCCGAGAGGAUCUCCAGGAAAUCACCACACGCGGUGGAUUCCACCUACGGAAGUGGCUCAGCAAUUCACCGGCUGUGCUUAAGUCCAUCCCAGUGGCAGACCAAGCCAGCACAAGCAGCGUGAUGAUCACCAACCGUGAGGAACCAUCCACUCUUCACAAGACCCUCGGUGUGGCUUGGAAUCCAGUGGACGACCACUUCACCUUCGUGCACCCGGAGCCAGACGCUGUACGAUUCACACCGCGUGGCGUUUUGAGUCAGAUGUGCCGGCUGUUCGAUCCGAGAGGGCAACUAUGCCCGUUCACGAUCCGUAGCCGUGUCCUGUUCCAAGCCUCCUGUAUCCGAGGCACUCGCUGGGACGAUCCCCUGGACCACGACCAAGCCGAGGAUUGGCGGAAGUGGUUUGCCGAAGUUCCCGACCUGGCGUCGAUCCAAGCCAGUCGUUGCUUCACUGACACUGAACCCGGUGAGCUGUCGCUCCACACAUUCGCCGAUGCCUCAGCGGUAGCGUACGCAGCUGCCACAUACGUGCGACAUGAACGUCCAGACGGAACCGCCAAGGUAACCCUUGCCCUCGCUAAGGCCAGGCCAGCUCCAAUCAGACGCAAGACCAUCCCGAUGUUGGAGCUGCAGGGAGCAGUUCUUGGUGCGCGCUUGGGUCAGACUGUUGCUGAAGUUCUCAACAUCCCACACCCCAAACAGUACUUUUGGACGGAUUCAAUGAACGUCCUGUACUGGAUCAAGUCUCCAAGUAGGAAGUUCAAGGUGGAUGUGGGCAACCGUGUCUCUGAGAUUCAAGACAUCACCAACCCUGGCAACUGGCGACACGUGCGUACCAAGGACAACCCCGCUGACAUGCCCAGUCGUGGAAUCAGCGCAACACAGCUCGCCACAGACGAAAAAUGGUGGAGUGGACCGGCCUUCCUGUCCGAGCCGCCUACUACGUGGCCGUCGAAGCAAAUCAUCCCUCCGGCGGAGCUUCCAGGGCAAUUGAAACAUGGAGUUGCCAUGGCAGCCAUUGGCAGAUCGCAGUCCUGUCGCCUACACCCCGACAACUAUUCUUCCUGGCAACGCCUAGUGAGGGUAACAGCUUGGUGCCGUCGCUUCAUCAAUAAUGCGAGACGUCACACUGCCCCACCGCCGCCGGGGACAUCUCCUGAGAAAUCUGUGACCAUUCCUGGGAAGCGCGCUAUUGAUGUCGCAGAGCUCACCGUCCAGGAACUACAGCAGGCGAAGUACCUCUGGAUCAGCACUGCACAGAGGGAGGCCUACGAGAGCACGUAUGCUGAUGUGAAAGCUGGCAAACCACUGUCGGCGUCAUCACCAUUGCGGAAACUGCAGCCAGCCAUGGACAAGACAACUGGUGUCCCAGUGAUGAAGGUGCACGGACGGCUUCGUACAGCCCAUCAUCUGCCAACAGGUGUCCGUUCACCCGUCAUCCUGCCAAGAAGCCAUCGAGUGACGUGGCUCAUCAUCGCAGCAGCAGACGCAGACGCUCACCAUGCUGCCGGAAGCAACCACCUGCUCUCAAACCUUGCUGGAGAGUACUGGAUUGUCAAAGGAAAGGCUGCAGUGAAAGAGCAUCGAAAUAAAUGUGUCCUCUGCCGUAAACGCAACCAGAAGACUGCAACCCCACCCAUGGCACCGCUACCGAACUUCCGAACAUCACCCCCGCUACAACCGUUCUCGAGAGUCGGAGUUGAUUAUGCCGGCCCGUUCUUUACGCGACAAGGACGGGGCCGUGCACAGCUGAAGCGAUGGGUGUGCAUCUUCACGUGCCUCCAGAGCAGGGCGUGCCACAUUGAGCUAGUGUACUCCUUGGACACCGACGGCUUCCUCCUGGCCCUCAGCCGGUUCAUAAAGAGGCGUGGCGUGCCGCAAGAGAUGCUGUCGGACAAUGGCUCCAACUUUGUUGCUGCGGAUAAAGCUCUGAAGGACGCCGUCCAGUCCCUCGAUAGUUCCCGGAUUGCUGGAGAGUUGACUGGCCAGAACAUCAAGUGGCGUUUCAACCCGCCAAGAGCACCUCAUUUCGGUGGGGUGUUCGAGGUCGUCGUGAAGUCAAUGAAAAGGGUCCUGCAGCAUGUGCUGUACAAGGCAGACCUCUCGGAUGAGGAGCUGCAUACGGCGCUGGUACACGCGGAGGGUCUCAUCAACAGUCGACCAUUAACUGUCAUCUCCUCUGAUUCGAAUGAUCUUCGGCCCCUGACGCCACAGCACUUCCUCGUGGGCCACGCAGACGCCACACUGGCCGCUGAGCUGGGUGUCCAGCCAGCAGACACGGUCCAUCCUCGUCGCCGCUGGAUGUACGUGCAACGCAUCGUCGCGGAGGUCUGGGCACGAUGGGUGAAGGAGAUCGUACCGAAGCUCAAUGUGCAAGUGAAGUGGUUUCAGCAGCAGCGGAACGUCGAAGUUGGUGACAUCGUCAUGGUCAUGGACGACAAUGUCCCACGAGCACAUUGGCCACUCGCUAGAAUUACGGCAACCUACCCUGGUAAGGAUGACGUUGUCCGUGUGGUGGGGGUCAACAUCCAGGGCAAGGUCUUAAAACGGCCAGUCCAUCGACUAGUUCCACUUGAAGUCGAAGGUGCCACUGGUGAAUGA